AUCUGGCAAAGGAAGGGGAAGGGCGUGUCGCGUUUUCGUUCCGCGGUGCGUGUGUUUGACGGAUCAUAUUCCCUUCGUGAUUGACUUGAUUCGAACCAUGUAACACUGAAAUCACGCCGUAUACCUCUUCAUCUACCUCACGCUGCACACAAGGACGAUGAGGCCCUCCCAGCUGAGGCCCUUGCUAGCCACGGGCGUUGUCCUCCUGACGGCUGUCGGUCCCUCGGAGGGCUUCCUGGAGCUCGUUGUAGGCUACUUUUUCAGCAACUUCCUUUGGGGCUCUCCCUCGAAGAUCGGCACGCGCGUGAGCCAGGCCGUGCUCGAGCCCGCCCAGGGGCUGCUGCUGGGCGGCGGGACGGAGAUCGUGUCGCAGGCCCUCACCCACGACUACAUCCCGGGCAUGCGGGACUUCGUGUGGAACGCCGUGGGCACCGGGGUGUCCCAGCUGGGCUCCCUCGCCGUCAGCGCCGUCUGGUGGAUCAUCUCGUCGAUCGGCUCCGCCAUCGGCCUGACGCUAGGGUCUGUUAUCCCGACUACCGUGGCCGCCUUCAACGCCGGCAUCGCCGCCACCGCCAGCAUCAUCGCCACGGCCGUCAACGACAACCUGCUCCAGGGCGACGGGAGCCCGACGAUGCAGCUGGAGGUGGUCGGGCUGCGGUCGAGGGCGCGACGCUCCGGCAGGGCCGACGCGCCGCUGGUCCGCCUUCUCCGCGGGCCGCCGCAGCCUGGAGCCGCGUCGAGCGGACUUCCUUCGCCAGCCCUUCGAUGAGGCCGCCAGACACGACCCCUUCGGCUGCGUGCCCCUGGUCCUGUGCGCCAUCCACGCCGACCCGGAGGAGCUCGUCACCCCCAAGGAGUCCGCCUUCAGGAGGGUCUUCAGAUCCAUCUUCGCCAAGGAACCCAUUCCCAGCUGGGCUAAAAAUUAUGUCGAGGCGAGCAUCAAAGGCUCGACCAAGAACUCGACACACGCUUGCCAAGAA